AUGGCACGAAAAUCUAAAAAUUGGACUGAGGCUCUCCUCGAGAAGGCGAUUGGUGACUCUAUUUAUAGUCGUCAUCUACAAAACCAGCCGAUCAAUCGAGAAGCGAUCAAGAAAAAAUAUUUGGGAAAGAGCCCGAAUCAUGCUGAUUUUAUCAGGGCAUUUGUGGACAGCUAUGCGAAUGAACUCGAUUUGUUGUCGAGAAGCAACAAUCAAAUCGAAACCUCAGGAUCAGCUCAAGUCCAAAACAUACCACUGUCCGCUCCCACUCUUUCACAGCGGUCCCGUCUCCAAGGUACAGGUCAACAGUCUCAGAGCCACCUCGAUGCAGGCCUCGAUAACUAUGAGGCGGCGAACUCGGUCAUCGACAAUGAUAUUGGCCGCAUAGUCAAUAUCCGUCUACAAGAAUUCAAGGACCACCUUGCCGGCGAUCUCCAUGCGAGGGAAACGGGGGCCUCUCCGUCCUUCCCCUCCCUAGAGGCACAGUGUCAAUUCCUGAGCUCCAGUGAAGAACAAAGGGAAGAAGCAAUGGAUGCUAUACUUAAUGAGCAUGCCAUCCUGGUAUCUCCCUUGUUAGAAAAGUUCGGAUAUUUUCUCCCUUCUCAAUGUAUGCUGCUCGGAAACAUUGUCAGAGGGAAUGAAUCCCCAGAUUGCAGAAUAAUGUUGAAUGCGAAUAUUCCAUUCUCUGCCUUUAUCUGCGGCGUGCAAGGGAGUGGCAAGUCGCACACCACUGCUUGCAUGAUCGAAAAUUGCUCUAUGAGGCUGCCAGCAUUGGGAACCCUAAACCAGUCUAUAUCGACUCUUGUGCUGCAGUUUGACGAGUAUACAUCAAUAACGAGCUCGCAGCCCAGCGAAGCCGCCUUCCUAGCUAGUGUUCUACCGCAAUAUGCUCAUGCACCGCCGGUCCCACUGCGCGUCCUAGUCUCUCCCACAAACAUUUCUAAUCUCAGGGGCAUGUACUCCCAGAUUCCCAAUAUCGAGAUUCGACCGUUCAAACUUCAACCUAAGCACCUCAACAUAAGCAUGAUGCUUUCGCUUAUGUCUGUUUCUCAAUCUGGCAGUCUCCCCCUCUACAUGGCACAGGUUACUCGGAUCCUUCGGGAAAUGGCGAUGGAGAGCGGCGGCUACUUCGAUUAUUCUGACUUCCGGGGCCGUCUGAACGCACUCAAACUUGACCGUUCUCAGACUCCUUUUCUAUAUCAAAGAUUAGACCUGCUUGACUCUUAUCUCGACCUUGCUGGCACGGACACAAGUGACUACUUUAUUGACGGCGGUGUCACUAUCCUGGACUUGUCGUGCCCUUUCGUCGACCAAAGCACUGCUUGCAUUCUAUUCCGUAUCGCCAUCGACUUGUUCCUCUACGCUCACCCUUCCCGAGGGAAGAUGAUCGUGGCCGAUGAGGCCCAUAAGUAUAUGGCCGACACCCUCGCUGCAAAGGCGCUUACCGAGACUUUCCUUACCAUUAUCCGCCAGCAGCGACACUUGGGUGUGCGUAUAAUUAUUUCCACUCAAGAGCCGACGAUCUCGCCCCAGCUGAUCGACCUCUGCUCGUUGACCGUAAUCCACCGAUUUACGAGCCCUCAAUGGUACAAGACGAUCGAAAAGCAUGUUCCGAUGGGUGGUGAAAUAGCUCCACAUCAGGCCGACAGUGCUAAAAAAGGUCUCUCUCGAAUUGCCAGGCUCCGAACUGGCGAGGCGAUUGUGUUCGCUCCAUCAGCGCAUCUCGUUGGAGAGGACGGCAAUAUCAUGAAUUUCCAAAAUGAACCCUUCAAGGUUAUGAUUAGGAAAAGGAUUACAUGGGAUAGUGGACGGAGCAUUGUUUGCAUUCGCUAG